CCAGCGCCGACAGCGAUGCAGCGGGUGAGACCCCAUCGCGAUACCCGCGCCCCGUCCCGGUACCCACACCGCAUCCCUGCUGCGGUGGCAUUUGAAGACGUGGCCCUGUAUUUCUCUGCUGACGAGUGGGCACUGCUGGCACGGUGGCAGCGGGAGCUGUACCAGGAGGUGAUGAUGGAUAACUACGACCUGGUGGCGUGUCUGGACUCCCUUGACAUCAAACCCCUCAACGUCCACGGAACGGAUCCUGGGGAGACGUCAAAUGGAGGGGACAGAGGGCGACUGGACCCUGCAGGCAGCGCCCCCUGGGACAAGGACACACCGGGUGUCGCCAUCCAGGGACACCGUGUGCCGCCGGAGCCGGGAUGCCCCCCCCUGCACCCUGAAUGGGGGGAGCGGGAGCCGGCAGGGGCCGUAGGGCCUCAAAUCUGCAGGGUCUGCGGGCAGAGCUUCGAGGACGAGGCGGCGCCGAGCACGCACCGCUCAGAGCACGGGGACCCGACGCCCGGCCACGAGUGCGUGGCGUGCGGCAAAGUGUUCCGGCACCGCCGCAACCUCCUGGUACACAAGAAGCAGCGGGGCCAGCGGCGGCACUCCUGCGGCGAAUGCGGCCGCAGCUUCUGCCUGAAGGGCGACCUGCUGCGGCACCGGCACCGGCGCGACCCGCAGGAGCGCGGCGAAUGGCGACCGGCGAGGCGGCAGUGCCCGGAGUGCGGGCGGCACCGCGAGGACGAGCUCAGCCCCAGCCGGCACCGCGCGCGGCACGGCGAGGAGCGGCCCUUCGCCUGCGGGCGCUGCGAGCGCCGCUUCUCCUGGAAGGAGAGCCUGCAGCUGCACCUGCGCAGCCACGCGCCCGAGCGCCGCCACAAAUGCCAGCAGUGCGGCCGGGCGUUCAGCAGGGGCAGCAACCUGCUGCUGCACCAACGCGUGCACACCGGGGAGCGGCCCUACGCCUGCGCGCAGUGCGACAAAACCUUCAGCAGCAAAGCGAGCCUCACCACGCACCGCCGCCUGCACCGCCGCCGCGGGACCUUCGUCUGCGCGCUGUGCCGCCUCGGCUUCGGCUCCAAGAGCAAACUGAGGCUGCAUCUGCGCGGCCACGGCGACGGCGGCGGCCUCGGGGUGGGGAGUGGGCAGCCCUGAGCCCGGAGGGCCUUGUGGGAUGCCCCAAAGGACCCCGCGAGACCCACGAAGGGCCGUACGAGGUGGCCCAAAGGACUCCGUAGGAUCCCCCCAAAGGACGCUGUGGAAUCCCCUGGAGAAUCUCAUGGGAUCCCCCGAAGAACCCUAUUAGUUCCUCCAAGGGACCCAAUGAGGCUCCUGGAAGGACCCUAUGGGAUUCCCCUAAGGACCCCAUAGGACGUUUGGAGUUCUCCUGAAGGGCCCUAUUGGAUCCUCCAAACGGCACUGGGAUCCCCCAAAGAAUCUCAUGGGAUCCCCCAAAGGACAUUUGGAGUUCUCCUGAAGGACCCCACUGGAUCUUCCAGAGGACCCAUUGAGACUUCUUGAAUGACCUUCUGGGAUCCCCCAAAGGACCUCAGGAGACCCCCUGAAGGAGCUGUGUGGGAUCCCCCCAAAGGACACUUGGAGUUCUCCAGGGGGGCACUGAUUUGGAUCCUCUAAAGGACAUUGUGGGAUCCCGCAAAGAAUCCUAUGGGAUCCCCUGAAGAACACCGUGGGGCCACCCUAAGGACACAGUGGGAUCCCAGAGGACCCUCUGCAGCAGUGCCCACCCCACC